UCUCUCUUUCGAUACAAACUAAGCAUUUCUUCGUAAACUCCGCCGAUAUAUCAAACUCUUCACUACUCUUUUAGCGUUUCAACCUCUCUCUCUCUCCCUCCCACUCUCAUUCUUUCGCAACUUCUUCUCCGCGGAAACCAAAAUGGCUCAGGUCGUUGCUACAAGGUCGAUUCAAGGCUCGAUGUUGAGUCCCAACGGUGGAUCUGUUUCCACGAGAUCCGACAAGCUUCUGAAGCCGGCGAGUUUCGCAGUGAAGGUUCUUGGCAACGAAUCCAAGAAGAGCGGAAGAGUGUCCGUAAGAGGAGGAAGAAAGGUUGAUACCACUGUGAGAUCCGCUCGUGUGGAGACCGAAGUCAUUCCAGUGUCUCCCGAGGAUGUUCCAAACAGAGAGGAGCAAUUGGAGAGGUUUUUGGAAAUGCAGAAGUUUAGUGACACAUCGGUAGGGAUGUGGUCGAAACCGACAGUGAGGAGGAAGACUAAGAUUGUGUGCACCGUUGGUCCUUCUACCAACACACGAGAGAUGAUAUGGAAACUGGCUGAAGCUGGGAUGAAUGUUGCAAGGAUGAACAUGUCUCAUGGGGAUCAUGCUUCUCAUAAGAAGGUUAUUGAUUUGGUCAAAGAGUACAAUGCGCAAUCUAAGGACAACACCAUUGCCAUCAUGCUUGAUACCAAGGGUCCAGAAGUUAGGAGUGGAGAUUUACCCCAGCCGAUUAUGUUAGACCCUGGUCAAGAGUUUACUUUUACAAUUGAGAGAGGAGUCAGCACCCCAAGCUGUGUAAGUGUUAACUAUGAUGAUUUUGUCAACGAUGUGGAGGCCGGAGACAUGCUCCUUGUUGAUGGUGGUAUGAUGUCGUUUAUGGUGAAGUCUAAGACUAAAGAGACUGUCAUAUGUGAGGUUGUUGAUGGUGGAGAGCUUAAGUCAAGGAGACACUUGAAUGUCCGAGGGAAAAGUGCAACAUUACCUUCAAUCACUGAGAAGGAUUGGGAGGAUAUUAAGUUCGGAGUGGAGAACAAAGUUGACUUCUAUGCGGUUUCUUUUGUCAAAGAUGCACAAGUAGUGCAUGAACUGAAGAAUUACCUUCAAGGUUGUGGUGCCGAUAUUCACGUGAUAGUAAAAAUUGAAAGCGCAGACUCCAUACCCAACUUGCAUUCCAUUAUCACCGCAUCAGAUGGGGCAAUGGUUGCAAGAGGUGAUCUUGGUGCUGAGCUUCCUAUUGAGGAAGUACCCAUUCUUCAGGAGAGGAUCAUUAACCUAUGCCGUAGCAUGGGAAAAGCUGUUAUUGUUGCAACUAACAUGCUUGAGAGUAUGAUAGUUCAUCCGACUCCAACCCGAGCGGAGGUUUCUGACAUUGCUAUAGCUGUUAGAGAAGGUGCUGAUGCAGUAAUGCUUUCAGGAGAAACUGCUCACGGAAAGUUCCCACUGAAAGCUGCUGGAGUGAUGCAUACAGUCGCACUUCGAACAGAAGCAACCAUUACUACUAGUACUGAAAUGCCACCUAAUCUUGGUCAAGCCUUCAAGAACCAUAUGAGUGAGAUGUUUGCAUACCAUGCAACCAUGAUGUCAAACACGCUUGGAACUUCAACUGUUGUCUUCACCAGAACUGGUUUCAUGGCCAUACUCUUAAGUCACUAUCGCCCUUCUGGCACCAUCUAUGCCUUCACAAAUGAGAAAAAAAUACAGCAAAGAUUAGCCUUGUAUCAAGGUGUGUGCCCCAUAUAUAUGGAGUUCUCAGAUGAUGCAGAGGACACUUUCACUAAAGCUUUGGCUACACUACUGAAACAAGGAAUGGUGAAGAAGGGAGAAGAAAUAGCGAUUGUACAGAGUGGGUCACAACCAAUCUGGCGGUCUCAAUCGACUCAUAACAUCCAAGUCCGCAAGGUGUAAGGAGUCUCAGUAUCUCACCUGGUCAAUGUUUUUCUUUCAUUUAUCUGUAAAACCGGUUUCGGUUAACUUUCCUUGCACGUCCUUUUGUACUCUAAAAACCUACUGUUUACUGUAUCUUAUUCAGUUUGUUUACUUGGCAGAAGUUAUUGUUAGCUCAUUAGUUGUUUGUGAGACAAAUGUUAAUUUAGAUUUUGAGUAAUAAAUGUGAGAAUUCUCUAAUA